UCCAUCCAUAUCCGGCGAGAAGAAGAGGAGGAGGAGGUCCCGGUACUCCGGUCGAUGGCUUGCGUGGCGGACCGUGAGGCUGCGGUGAGGGAGGUAGCGCAGGUGUACGAGCUCAUCAAGCUCCACCAGCCUCUCCUCCUCCUGCACUCGCAGCAGGCGCCACCGCCGCCGCCGUCGACGAUCCAGCUGGCGCAGAACCUCCUCGGCCAGGCGCAGCGAGCCCUCAACGUCGCCCUCUCCGUCAUGAAGCAGCCUGCUGUUGCUUCUUCUCCAGUGACACCCAUAAGCGUCAUCAAAGCUGAGCCUCAUCAGCUGUCGCCGCCCAGCCCGGCGUCCGCCGAUCCCGAGGCCACAAGGGGCGCCAAAAGAAGAAGAUCAUCCGUACCACCGGCGCAAGGGAAGAAGGCGGCCUCGUCGUCGUGGGCGACCUUGACCGCCGUGCCCUACGACGACGGCUACGAGUGGAGGAAAUACGGCGAGAAGAAGAUCAACGGGGCGCUCUUCACGAGGAGCUACUUCCGGUGCACCUACAAGGACGACGCCGGCUGCCUCGCCACCAAGCACGUCCAGCAGGUGGACGACGACGACAGCAGCAGUGGCGACGGCCCGCUCAUGUUCCACGUCACCUACAACAACGACCACACCUGCUGCAACGCUAGUGCCGUCGACAGAGCUAGAGCUGCUGCACCCAACACCGGCGGGAGCAGCAACCUCGCUGCAUUGCUAGCAGCAGGCUGCUGCGACGGCAGCGGCCGUGGCACUGGCAAGGGACUGACGACGUCGAUAAGUGCUCGGCCAACUGGGCAUCAGCAUGCUGCUGCCAUGAACAUGAAGCAAGAAGAACCACGACCGCUGCUGCUGCCGUUGCCUCCUCUGGUCGAGCCUCCUCCUGCCUCUUUUCCUUAUGGCCACCAAACGAUGCCAAUACAGUGCCAACAGGAGCCACUGUUCCCUCCUACAAGUAUGGAGCAGCAGCUCGUCUGUGGUGCUUUAAGGGACCACGGCUCUCCUGCCGACGGUGGCGAAAUCCCGUCGGCUACUGGUUCCUGCAUCUCCGGCGAGACGUGCUGGUGGGAUGGGUAUUCUGGGGACAUGGAGGCGCAGAUGGCCGCAGCUGAAGACGACCCUCUCCACGACCUCGAACGGUUCCUCAUGCGAGAUAGCUUCAUGGACUGCUAGCUAGUACUAACUAGCUCAGCAUCCUAGCUAGUUGCAAGCACAAGUAUAGUUUGGCCUUCCCCUUUUUUAGGGCGGUAGUAGUGCCAAUAAUAUAAUGCAGUGUUUUAUAGGGAAAAAGUCAUUUAAUUAGCGGUUGAGAUGCAAAAUAUAAUAGUGCAUGAGAUGUAAAACAACGAUAUUUUGAUAUGUAUAAUUAGGAGUGUAAAUGAUAUUGACGUAUUCGAAUUCGAUCUAUCUAAGAUGAGUGUCGUAUAUUCAGU